AUGGUUAUUGAUAUCAACAGCAGCCACAUAUUCAGUAACAUUAGAUCCUUGAUUAUUGAGGAUUUCAGGGAUCUUACUACCAGUAUAAUGAUUUCUGGCUCUUUUAAUCCUCCUCUUUUGAAAAUCAUCCAAGAUGUCACCACAAGCCCAGUGCCAACUUCUUUGUUCCCCAGUGAAAAUAACACCAGAUGUGGAGAAAAGAUAGAUUAUGGGCACUUUGAAAAACUUGUUAUUGGGGCAAUGCUGUCUCUAAUCACGUUAUUAACCAUUGCAGGGAAUUGUCUGGUGGUGAUAUCAGUCUGUUUUGUCAAGAAACUGAGGCAACCUUCAAACUACCUGAUUGUAUCAUUAGCUCUGGCUGACCUGUCAGUAGCUAUAGCUGUUAUGCCUUUUGUCAGCGUAACUGACCUCAUUGGAGGAGAAUGGAUUUUUGGGCAAGUUUUUUGCAACGUGUUUAUUGCUAUGGAUGUCAUGUGCUGCACUGCAUCAAUCAUGACUUUAUGCGUUAUUAGCGUUGACAGGUACCUUGGAAUUACAAGACCUCUGACAUAUCCUGUGAGACAGAAUGGAAAAUGCAUGGCCAAAAUGAUUCUUUGCGUCUGGUUACUUUCUGCUUCCAUAACGCUACCUCCCCUCUUUGGCUGGGCUCAGAACGUAAACGAUGAUAAAGUAUGCUUAAUUAGCCAGGAUUUUGGCUAUACCAUUUAUUCCACAGCUGUUGCCUUUUACAUUCCAAUGUCUGUUAUGCUUUUCAUGUACUAUAGAAUUUAUAAAGCUGCCAAGCGAAGUGCUGAAAAACACAAAUUUUCGGGUUUUCCCCGUCCAGAAGAGAGUGAAGGAAUGAUAUCUGCCAAUGGAGUUAUAAAACCUCACAAAGAGUCAGAAGAAUGUUCAAACCUUGCAAAGUUUCUUAGAAAUGAUAGGAAAAACAUUUCAAUAUUUAAAAGGGAACAAAAAGCUGCUACAACCCUUGGGAUUAUCGUAGGUGCAUUUACGGUUUGUUGGCUACCAUUUUUUAUACUUUCAACUGCAAGACCUUUUAUCUGUGGAACUGAAUGUAGUUGUAUACCAUUGUGGAUGGAAAGAACAUUCUUAUGGUUGGGAUAUGCAAACUCUCUGAUAAAUCCAUUUAUUUAUGCUUUUUUUAACCGGGAUUUAAGGACAACCUAUCGGAAUUUGUUACAAUGCAGGUACAGGAAUAUCAACAGGAAGUUGUCUGCUGCAGGGAUGCACGAAGCUUUGAGGCUGGCAGAAAGGCCUGAUCAUAUCCUGUAA